CCACGCGUGCGCAGGGCCGAUCGCUCUCGGCUCUCGGUGCGGGCGGCGCGCGCGUUGUUUGUAUCUCCAAUUUACAGCGGCCAUCAUCACCACCAUCAUCACCAUCACCACCACCAUCAUCACCAUGGUCACCACCCUAAGAAGCAGCGUCGACAUCUAUCACGAGCCUCGGCCUCGUUCGCACGAUCAUCAUCAGUAGCAGCAUCAUCAUCAUCAGUAGCAGCAUCAGCAGCAGCACCAACGUCAUCAUCAUCAUCAGCAGCAGCAUCAUCAGCAGCACCAACAUCAUCAUCAGCAGCAGCAUCAGCAGCAGCACCAACAUCAUCAUCAUCAGCAGCACCAACGUCAUCAUCAGCAUCAGCACCAAUAUCAUCAUCAUCAGCAGCACCAACAUCAUCAUCAUCAGCAGCACCAACGUCAUCAUCAGCAUCAGCAGCAGCACCAAUAUCAUCAUCAGCAGCAUCAGCAGCACCAAAGUCAUCAUCAUCAGUAGCAGCAUCAGCAGCACCGACGUCAUCAUCAUCAGUCGCAGCAGCAUUAGCAGCACCGACGUCAUCAUCAUCAUCAGCAGUAGCAGCAUCAUCGCCACCAACGUCAUCAGCAGCAGCGACAGCGGCGGUGCUCAUCAUCUCCGUCCACCCGCUCAUCGCAUCGCGACCCUCCCGGCAUUUAGCCCACAAAGAUGUCCCUGCCCGCGGACGAGCGAUGCCAACCGCUGCGAGGCGCCGCUCUCGACGAGGUGAUGUCCUCCACGGACAACUUCCUCUUCGACUGCGACGGCGUCCUGUGGCGAGGCAACCGAGCCCUCGACGGGGCUCCGGCCGCGGUGAACGCCCUGAAGCGACUGGGCAAGCGCGUCUUCUUCGUCACCAACAACAGCCGCAGGACGCGCGCCAUGCACCGCGAGAAGCUGCGGCGCCUCGGGUUCCGCGCGGCGCGUCGCGACGUCUACGGCUCCGCGUUCCUCGCCGCGCAGUUCCUGCGCCUCGAGGCGCCGCCGCACGGGCGCGUCUACGUGAUCGGGGACGCAGCCGUGUGCCGCGAGCUGAGCGACGCGGGCAUCAGCUACGUUGAGGCCGGGCCCGAGCCGGCCUUUGGCGACGUGGAGCAGUGGACCAACCUGCCGCUGGAGCCGGACGUGGGCGCCGUGCUGGUGGCGUUUGACGAGCACUUCAGCUACAUGAAGCUCAUCAAGGCGUGCUGCUACCUGGCGCGCCCCGGGUGCCUCUUCCUCGCCACCAACCGCGACCACGCCGAACUCGUGGCGCCGGGGCGCGUGCUGCCCGUCACGGGCAGCCUGCUGGCGGCAGUGGAGACGGGCGCGGCGCGGCAGGCCACGGUGCUGGGCAAGCCGAGCCCCUUCAUCCUGCGCUGCAUCGCCGCCACGAGCCCCGGCGGGGCCCUGGACCCGGCACGCACGCUCAUCGUGGGCGACCGCCUCGACAUGGACGUGGCGUUCGGCAACGCGUGCGGCCUGCGGAGCGUGCUGGCGCUCAGCGGCGUCUCCAGCCUGGAGGAUGCGCGUGGCUGCCUCGCGGAGCCCGCCCGCCGGCACCACGUGCCCGACUUUUACAUCGAGAGCGUCGCCGACCUGCUGGGCGCGGCGCAGAUCCGGGCGAACCCCGGGGCCGGCUCGGAGGAGGGGGAGGACGACGACUCGGAUGGCGGCGUCUAAAGCGGCGGUCAUCAUCAUCUUCGUGGUCGCCUUCGACACUUCACGUGGCCUCGGAGUGCACCUGGCCUGGCACAAGCUCCCGUGGCGGCGACGUCACCGCCACUUGGUGGCGAACGGCAGCUGCUGUUGUUGUUGUAGUCGAAGCACCGCGCGGAAUACGAGUCGCGGUUUAACCUCUGACCCACGACACUUUCCGGAACGCUGCACUUUGCCAGGCCGGCUUGAGCAGACCGUGGUUAUAUCGGCGCGAGACACCGCCACUGACGUACAAGGCAACGCCUCUACACGCAGAUAAUACAAAUUAACCUUUAUUAUUGUAAAUCUUGACUUAAAGCAGGAAUACAUUCUAUUGGUCUUUCGGUAAAGCCACGUAGAUAGAAUGUUCUUUAAAAUAUCAGGCAAUUGCUUGUGUUGCGAUAGAAACGUCGUGAUAUUUUAUUUAUAUUUAUUAUUGUAGCCUACGUGCUUAUAAUCCUGCGGAACUGGUUUAGAGCAAAACAACAAAAGUGGACUGCACAAAGAUCAGGCGGGGGAGAGGUAUCGUGGCUGGGUGGCAGAACCUAAAAUAGAACUUCUCGGAAAAGAGCGUUCUGGACCCCGUUCCGGCCGAGCUAAAUUACACUUUCCGGGCUCAGCUACGCCUCGUAAACAACAAUAACAACAACAUGUCGAGUCGUCGAUUACGAAGGGAGGAUUCAGCAGCGCAGCGGUUUACGUUUGUCGAUUCAGCUCCCAACACCACACGGUCGGGCGGUGACGUCGUUUUAUUUAUUUCGCAAGGAGCGAGGGCCAGGGUUCUGGGCGAUUGGGGGGGGGGGGGUCUCCUUGGCUGGGGUUCAUCAUUGUCAGAUAAUCACCUGGUGCGCGGUAAAUGUCGUCAAGUCUGUUUAGCGCUUCCUGAAUAUUCUAGACUACGCGUGACGUGCGUGGGUGCAGCGAUGCGGCGACGAUGCACGGAGUCGAUUGAGCGGUCCAUAGAGCAAUCGGUCAGUCAAUCGAUCGAGCGGUCGAUCGAUCAAGCGGUCGAUCAAUCAAGGGGUCGGUCGGUCGAUCGAGGGGUCGGUCGGUCGAGCGGCCAAUCGUGCGAUCGAUCGUGCGGUCGAUCGAUCGUGCGAUCGAUCGUGCGGUCGAUCGAUCAUGCGAUCGAUCGAGCGGCCAAGCGAGCGGCCGGUCGAUCGUGCGGGUCUGUACUUUACAAAACGUGCCACGGUGGCGAUGAAACGCGCCGCCACGAAUCUCCGAGCACAAUCGGCGCUUCAGCAGUCUGAGUGAGUCCUUCACCCCCCCGCCCCGCUCUGCUGUGAGCAACCGGUCAAGCAACCGCUCGCAAGACGGUCCACGUGGAGGGCGAUGCCGUUGACACACGCGCAAGCCCAGCCGAUCCGCGUGCAAUUGGACCGUCGCUCGGUGCUGUGGAAGCAGUGCCGGAUUAAGCUAAGUGCGGGACCUGCAGCGUAUGAUGUUAUUAAGGGACCCUAAAAAAAAAACGUCAAUAUUAAAACGCAAAUCUUAAACUUGCAUAGUAAAGCAAUUGUAUUUUUUCAUUUUCUAGACAAAUCGCUAACCUUAAACGCCCAGUCUAUACAAGUUGAAGGCGGUAUAGUACUAUAGUGACAGAGCAAGUGCAGAAUCACUGAACCGGAAUUGAUUGCUUGAAAGCAUUUAACGCGGGGCGCUUGAAAGUGCGGGGCCCGUAGCUACUACAAACAGUAGCUACUUGUGCUACUGGGAUAAUCCGGCACUUCGUGGAACAUACGCCACACCACAGCGCUAAGUUUAAAUUCAAACUAAAAUCGAUUCCUGAAUUGCGCACGAACCGCAUCCGUUGCACCCCCUUAGAAGGGGGGGGGAGUAUUUUAACAUUAGCGUCAAACUUAUUAGCCUUCGCCAAAUCGUCCUGAAGUAACCGUGAUCAUAAUGAUAAUACGAAUAUUUGUUGUAACAAUGUCUAUGGUACGGUGGUUAUAUUUGUUAACUUACCCUGGACAACCCGUUUAGAAUACAACUCGAGCGACACCCAUACGGGUGUGGGGAUAUUUGAUGUCAAGGGGUGAGGGGAGCGGGGGGGAGCCGGGGGGUCAAUUGGGAGGGGGGGGGGUCGACCGAUAUUCUGUGCCCCCCCCAAAUGAAUAUCCUUGGCUCUGUGGAUUCCCUAACUCCCCCGCCCGCCCCCCCCAAAUAUGAAACAUCAACUGCUCCCACGCGCCUGCAAACGGAGCUACAGGGACGUGGGCGUUCUUCUCGCAGCUGUUAAAGAUGCCACCGUGUGUGCCGCCGUGUGACGAUGCCGUGAUGUUACGUGUGUGGUGGUGGUGGUGUGUGUGUGUGGUGUGUGUACCGUAUUUAUUGAUUAAAACAUUACAAUAACCCUUCCCCCGGCUUCCCCUCCCACAACCCCCCCCCCAAAAAAAAAAAACGAU